AUGCCCACGGGACGUAUCUAUGACCUCAGCAUCACAGGGAAUCGCGAACGAAAAGUCGUAUAUCUUGUUGCGAAGGUGCUAGACGACCAGCAGACCAUCUUGGAAUCGGCGACCUCCCCGGACAUCCAGUGGUCCAAAUACUCAUGGCUUAGCCAUAGGGUAGCGCGAUGGACAAAUGGCAGGUUACCGAAAGAAUUCAGACUCCUGCUUGUUGCAACGGUACCUGUCGAUGAUUCCGGCGCCCAGAAAGUCCCGAGGCAGCCGACCUUCCUGCCUUCCAAUCUGCGCUUACUACUGAAGAAUUCUCUGCGCUCUGAUACGUUCAUCGACACCAAGUACUACUGCUUCUCACGGAGGCUAGGCAAUGGGACCGUGGACAAGCCUAUGGCCUUAUUCGCCAACAGCCAUUUGUGUUCCCAGAGCUCGACCUAUAUUGCGGCCCUCCUAUCCGAUCAUGGCUUCCAGGAAGGGAAUCUGCGAGAUCUGCACGAAUCGUCUCCACCCGAAGAGCAUGAUUGCACGGAAACGUAUGGCUACGACUCCGACAGCGACCUGGAGUACGAGAACCCUGAUGUGAAUGAAAAUAUCAUGUUCCCUACUUCUGUUUCCGAAGGACAGGAAUAUUCGGGGGAUGAAUCACGCCUCAAAGAUGCGGAUGAAAAGCAAGCUCUUCCAGAGCGAUACCAGAGCAAGUCAUCACAACCUACGGGGCGCAUGGGUCGCGUUGUCUUUAUCAAGGACAUUGCAUUUAUCACAUGGCAAGCAUACCUUUUCUACAUAUAUACAGGGAAGAUCACCUUCGCACCACUCACUUCGGAGCCGAGGGAAAGAAAGCUUGAACACCCGUACGACGAGCCCGAACCCAGUUCCCCGAAAUCAAUGUAUCGUCUUGCGGAAAAGAUCGGAGAUCAGAAACUACAGCAAAUUGCGCUGAAUGCCAUCAAAGGGAGAGUCACCCAAGACAACGUCGUGGAGGAGAUGUUUUCUACAUUUACCUCAAGAUACCCGGAAAUCAGAAAGAUGGAGGUGGCGUACUUUUGCGAUUCGUAUAAAUCCUCAGAUGUCGUAGAUGCUUUCCGCGGCAAGAUGCAGUUAUUCUCCGAAGGACAGCUUCAAUACUCUCUCGACGUCGUAAUGGCCGCUUUUGAUAAAUUAGCUGUCGGUCUUCCGUAA